CCCGCAGCCGCUGCCGCGCCAUGCUCCACCUUAGCGAGUUUUCCGGCCCCGACGCGCUCCUGGUCAAGUCCACCGAGGGCUGUUGCGCGGAACCCAGUACCGACUUGUCCCGGUUGCCCGGCAGAGACGCGCCGGCGGCAGCCGGCUACCCCGGAGCAGGCGACUUCUUGAGCUGGGCUUUGAGCAGCUGCGGCGCCGGGGGGGACUUAGCCGAUUCCUGCUUCCUGGAGGGGCCUGCACCCACGCCCCCUCCUGGCCUCAGCUACAGCGGUAGCUUCUUCAUCCAAGCAGUACCCGAACACCCGCACGACCCGGAGGCACUCUUCAACCUCAUGUCGGGCAUCCUAGGUCUGGCACCUUUCCCCGGCCCUGAGGCGGCAGCAUCUCGGUCUCCGCUGGACGCCUCUUUUCCCGCAGGCCCCGACGCCUUGCUGCCGGGUCCAGCGGACCUUUACUCCCCGGAUCUGGGCGCUGCCACCUUCCCAGAGGCGUUCUGGGAGGUCUCUCCCUCAGCAGGCGCCCCCUCACAGUGCCUGUAUGAGCCUCAGCUCUCCCCACCCGACGUCAAGCCAGGCCUUCGGGCGCCUCCGGCCUCUCCAGCGCUGGACACUGCCUCGGCCUUCAAAGGCCCCUAUGCUCCCUGGGAGCUACUUUCAGCUGGAGCCCCAGGGAGCUGUGGGUCACAAGGAGGUUACCAGGCGGCCCCCGACGCCCGCUUCCCCUCGAUGGGGGCCAAGAUUGAAGACCUGCUAUCGAUCAGCUGCCCGGCGGAGCUGCCAGCCGGCCCCGCCAACAGACUCUACCCCACGGGGGCUUACGACGCUUUCCCGCUGGCCCCGGGUGACUUAGGGGAGGUGGCCGAAGGCCUCCCAGGUCUCCUGACCCCUCCUAGCGGGGAGGGAGGGAGUAGCGGUGACAGUGGAGAGUUUCUGACCGCUACUCAGCCUCAGGUUUCCCCCCUAGGCCUCCGCAGCGCCGCGGCGGACUUCCCGAAACCUCUGGUGGCAGACAUCCCUGGGAGCAGUGGGGUGCCUGAGCCUCCUGGGCCACCGCCGUCGGUCCCAUUCCCCCCUACCAAGGCGCGGCGUAAGGGGCGCAGGGGCGGCAAGUGCAGCGCGCGCUGCUUCUGCCCGCGGCCGCAUGCCAAGGCCUUUGCUUGCCCAGUGGAGAGCUGUGUGCGCAGCUUUGCGCGCUCCGACGAGCUCAACCGCCACCUGCGCAUUCACACGGGCCACAAGCCCUUCCAGUGCCGCAUCUGCCUACGCAACUUCAGCAGAAGCGACCACCUUACCACACAUGUGCGCACUCACACGGGUGAGAAGCCUUUCGCCUGCGACGUGUGCGGCCGCCGCUUCGCGCGCAGUGAUGAGAAGAAACGGCACAGCAAGGUGCACCUCAAGCAGAAGGCGCGCGCCGAGGAACGGCUCAAGGGCCUUGGCUUUUACUCUUUGGGCCUCUCUUUCGCCGCCCUGUGAGGGAGAAAUGGGUUUGUAGAUUGGGGCGCCGUCUCCUGGCACGAAAGAGGCGACCUGGUCUGCCCCCCUCCCCUCUCCUCUUUCCGGCACGUCCCGGGGCCGGCCUCUGGUCCCCCUUCCAGUUCCCUUGAAGCGCCCGUCGUUCACGCCUCGUUCAGCACCAGCUCCGUGGACAGCUCCCGCGGUCCGGGCUCCAACUCCCGCGUUAGCCGCGCUAUGAGGGAAGCCCUCUCAUGCACUGAGCGGGCACUUCCUUGGGACUUAAGACAGUGUUUUGUAACUGGCUUGGCGCACGCCCCACGCCCCCCAUUAGACACCCCCCCCCAGAGGCAGGCUGGGGCAGCGCCGAGCCGGUCUCGCGCGGGAUUUUGUACAGCAAUGUCGUUUCCAGCAGCCAUUGGAUGUAACGUUUUGCUUUGGGGUUAUUUCCUUUUGUUGUUGUUAAUUUUUGUAAAGCAGACGCUACUCUCGAGCAGUUGACAAAACUGUUUAUUUUUGCAAUUAAAAUUAUUGUGCUAAAAGCUUACCGAAUCUGCCAUCCAAGCUUCUGACCCAUUCCCCAACCACUCCCCCAGGAGAAUAUGUGCCAGAAGAGAAGGGAGAUAUGACGCCAAUGGAAUCA